AUGACAGCGCGCCAAUCAACGCCAUCGUCCGAGAACUCGCAUUCAGAUAGCGGCGUCCGCAAGCGAGUAUGUAAGGCCUGCGAUCGCUGUAGACUGAAGAAAUCCAAGUGUGACGGAGCCAAACCAUGCGGUCGCUGUCGAGCAGACAACACCCUCUGUGUCUUUGGCGAGAGAAAGAAGGCUCAUGACAAAGUGUACCCUAAGGGAUACGUUGAGAUGCUAGAGCAACAACAAACAUGGCUUGUCAACGGCCUGCAAGAACUAUAUCGACGACUCCUCGACGGCGAAGGCUGGCAGGGCGAACCGCUGAAAUGCGAACCAAACGGCCACCCAUUGACACACGACCUUCUCAUGCAACUUGGAGCAUUGGACUCGAGAAAGCACGAGCGGUUCGAAGAGAGUGCAGACGCGCUACAGUCGGAACUAUGGAGGCAUAGCGCGGGCCACAUGCAGCGCCAGGACUCGUCAGAUACCUCGUCCGAGAGCGCACACUCGCCCAUUGUGCCGCCGCAGUUCUCAGACCCCUUUGCGUCUCGCACGGCACUCCCCCAGACGCCCACGACGUCCCUGCGAAUAGACGUCCCACAGUCCACCAUCAAGACGGAGCCGCAUCUCCCCCCGAGCAAUCCAUACACCACGGGGAUGCAACAGUCGCAGCCGAUGCCUGGGGUUAUCAACCCGCUACAGCUCCAGAGCAACCAGAUGCAUGGCCAAUGGAACUCUGGGUACGGGUACGACGAGAUGGACUUCUCCGCGCAGUUUGUCAACUUUGAAGACCCGAUGGCGUCACCAAUGUUCAGCAGACAGGUCUUGACGGCGCCCUUUCUGGAUAGCAAAAACGACUACGAGGAGAUGAAUCAGUAUCUGAAUACGCAGUUGGAGAUUGCAUAA